UCCGCUUUAAAAGCGGAGUCGCUGGAGCGAGUCGCUGUGGCGAUGCCGAGCCCCAGAUCUGCCUCCAGUAACAGCCGGCCUGAUCUCUGCUGCACAGUCCGCAGUGUAGGCGCCCUCAUCACAGUGGACUACUUCACCUGCGGAGUAGACAAACAUAAAACCGACGAAUUGGAUUUGAACUCGCGUUGUUUCCUAUGUGACAGCCGGCAAACGGAACUUUACGCAGGGAAACAGCAGGUGAGUCUGACGGAUAAUUCACCUCGCUGAAUUUGAAACCGGUUUGUAUUCUCCUCCCAACUCCACUUGUUGAUGGGGCACUAACAGGCUAUCCCAGCAGCCCCACCGCGGUCAUAUAGCCUACUUAUGCGUAAAUUGGACAAAACCCCGUCCGACGGCAGGGCCGAGGAAGUUUUACAUGGUCGUGCUUUGUGGCAGAUGGUGGUGAUGUUUGGCGACCGGUAACAAGUCGCGACAUCAGAUCGAAUUACACAGGCUGCCACCGGGGUUAGGUGCGGCAUGGGGAACCAGAUGGACAAGCUGUCACAUUUAAGUUACGCGGAAGUUCCCACAGUAGACCCGAACGGCGUGGACACGGAGGAAGGUCCACGCAUCGGCGUCUCCUACAUAUUUUCUAACGACGACGACGAGCUGGAGGAUGGCUGCGCGGUCGAUGGCACCGAAAAGGACCCGAAUCAGGAAGAGCAACAAUACGACCAGCGCGACGAGGUGGAGUGCGCCGUCUACAACCGAGAUGAAUGCAUUUACGAGAAGAGCGUCAAGUCCGCCAACCUGGAGGUUUACUCCCCGGAGAAUCUACUAAACAAAUGUAAAGCAGGGGACCUUGUUGAGUUUGUUGCUACCGGCCAGUUCCCGCACUGGGCUGUGUACGUGGGGGACUUCCAAGUGGUGCACCUGCACAGAGCCGAGGUGAAAAACAGUUUUUUGACAGAUGCAAGUCAAGGGAGGAGGUGUAGGGUUGUGAACGACUUGUACAAAUUCAAAUCUCUGGGUCCGGACAUGGUGGUGCAGAACGCGAUGGAGCAAGUGGGCUUAAAGGACCGAGAGCUGAGCUGGAGGAACUCCGAGUGCUUUGCCGCCUGGUGCAGGUUUGGCAAGAGGGAGUUCAAGAUGGGUGGGGAGAUACGGAUAGGCAAGCAGCCCUACAGGUUGAAACUAAUCAUGUCCGAGAAACAUUCGCACAUGUUAGAGUUUCAGAGUUUGGAGGACAUGAUCAUGGAGAAAAGGAGGAACGAUCACCUGGGCAGGACAGCCGUGUUGCAGGAGCUGGCCACUCACUUCAGCAGCGUGGAGAAGAUCAAAACUCACCCAGACAGAGCUGCUCGCUGAACACAAGGCGGAUUAUUUCUGCCUUUUGAGGGAGAUUCUCACACCAGCACAUGUUGGAGAAAAUGUUGUAGCGCUUGUGUUACAUUGAUCAAAGAUCAAGUAAAGAAUGACUCAUUGUCUCUUUUGACCCUUCUGUCAUGUUGUUUUACUUGCAUGCAUAAUAAUAAGAAUUUCCUCAAUUUCUGUUAAAUCAACUAAUACUGACAACAGUAUGUGAUGUGUUUUAAAAUGCU